GGAAGCAAUUGGCUGCCUACACACCCGACAGUCGUAGUCGAGAACUCGAAUGUGGAACGCAGCGAGCGCAAUGCCUCUCACUUUGCGCAAAGUAAACGGUGUCUGAUAAAACGUACGAUCAAACGAGAAGUUAGCUAACGCAUGAAAAUAAACGUGUAACGUGAUUCGGAUGAUCUCAUCAAGUGUUAGCGACAUGGAUAGUGAUAAUAAGAAUGCUGUGACGACUGAAGCACUCGACGAUGUUUGUUCAAUACAUUUGGGAGAUACUGAGAGAUUGAUGGAAUUAAAAGGAACGCGAACUCAACAGUUAUACAUCGAAUUUAAAGAUCUCUGUUAUUCGGUUCGUUACCAUAACAAAGAAAACAAGAAAAGGAUCUUAUGUAACGUGACGGGACACUUCGAUCCGGGCAAAGUCACAGUGAUAAUCGGUCCAUCUGGCGCGGGGAAAACGACGCUCUUGAAAAUAAUAUCAGGCGAGAAAUUUUCAAAUGUCGAAGGUACUGUCACCGUAAAUGGCAUUGAGCAAAAUAGAGGAUCGUUCCGCAAACAUGUAUGUUACGUGCCGCAACAAUUUGCUCUAUUGCCGUUUCUUACAAUAAAAGAGACUCUAUAUGUAGCUGCUCGUUUAAAACUUGGAACCAGUCAAAGUAACAAAACGAUCCUUGCGAUUGUAAAUAUGAUUGCAAGGAAUCUCGGCUUGUUGAAUUGUGUAGAUGUAAUGGCCAACAAAUUAAGUGGCGGAGAACGGAAAAGACUUUCCAUCGGCUUAGAGAUGAUUACCAAGCCAGCCGUUUUGCUACUAGAUGAGCCAACAAGUGGUCUCGAUAGCGUGGCAUCUAACCAAAUCAUUAAUAUACUGCAUGAUAUGGCAAAAGCAAACUGUACAGUAGUUUGCGCGAUACAUCAACCUAGCAGUCAGAUGAUCUCGCAGUUCGAUGAUAUUCUUGUACUUAAUCAUGGUAAAUGUAUGUAUUGCGGCUCAAAGGACGAAAUUUUAAAUACGUUCGACAAUGCCGGUUUCGCCUGUCCCCGCUUCUACAACAUAGCUGAAUUUGUACUUGAGGUGAUAACCGAACAGAGAGAUGGAAAUUUACACAAUUUGUAUGAGACUUAUCGUAAUGAAUGUGAAAAGACGAGAUUGGACAACAAUUGCUCUAAUUACGACACAAAUUUGUUGACUGCUUCUGAAUAUAAUUUAAAAAAAGACGACUCACUUGUACUUACAAAUAAUAUAAAACAAACAUCAACAUGGCAACAACAAAAAAUACUAUUUUUAAGAGGUUUAAUCUGUAUCAAACGAGACAGCUUUCUGACAAAACUAAGGUUUGCAGUUCAUAUUUUAGUGGGAUUGUUAUUGGGCGUAGUGUUUUAUGAUUUUGGACACGAUGCAGAAAAAGUAAACAGCAACAUAGCUUCUUUAUUUUUUUUCUUGCUAUUUUUAUUUUUCUCAAGUACCAUGCCUGCAGUACAGAUGUUUCCGACGGAAGCAGCAGUAUUCCUACAAGAACAUUUAAAUAAUUGGUACCACUUGAGGUCAUAUUACAGUGUAAAGAUAUUAACGGAUCUCCCAAUGCAAAUACUUUGCUCUUCAUGUUUCACCAUUAUAUCAUAUUACCUAACGGGACAACCAAUGGAAUUUCAUAGAAUCUUACAGGUGUGGAGUAUUUGUGUGUUAAUUACGAUUAUCGGACAAACAUACGGCGUUCUUGCUGGCGCAGUUUUUAACACUGAGUUGGGUAUUUUCUUAAUACCGGCAUCAAAUAUUCCAUUAUUACUCUUCGCGGGAUUUUUCUUGAAACUGGGAGAAAUAUCGAAAUAUUUGCAGCCUUUAGGAUAUAUAAGCUUCUAUAGAUAUGCGUUUGAGGGACUGAUUCAAGCAGUUUACAGUGAUCGAACAAAUCUAUCGUGCUCAACAAUUUACUGUUAUUUGCAAUCCCCCAACACGAUUAUGGAAAUGAUGGACAUGCCAACGAUGUCGUUCUACUCAAUUUUAAUAAUAUUAGGUUUUUGGAUAUUCUGUUUACACGUAUUGAUUUAUGUGACGCUUUAUAUAAAGAUUUAUUACGCGAGAAACUAAUGUGUUAAAUAUAAUUGCAUGCAGCAUAUUUUCUGAAAUAAUGAACAAGACAUUAUAUAAGAAAAAAAUAGUAAUUUUAAUAACGUAAAAGGGUAUAAAUAUAUAUAAAUUUAUUUUAUUUAA